UGAUUCUGAUGAUGAGUUGUACAUUGUCUGUAUGCCUAAUCAAAAACAUUUUCCUACUACUGACAUAAACAACGUAGGGAAGUUUAGACCACCUAUACCAGUUACUAAAUUUUGUUAGUUCUGAUAAUUUUGGCAUAAUUAAAAUCAAAAAGAUAAUUGCGCUUCAGCAUUUGUGCGUAAUCUUUGUUUAAAGAGCAAGAUUAAAAUAAUUUUUUCUCCAAAUCAACAAAAAGAAAGUAAAUUUCUUGGGACAGUAAGUUCCAAAAACUGGUCGUUCGUUUUGGUAGAGCCCAUCUGCUAAUCUCAUAAUCCCCUGACCAUUAUAGAGCAUAGCUACCAUCUAUCAUACCGAAAAAGCGGGAAAAAUAAAGAAAGAGAGAGAGAGAGAAAAAAAAAAAGUCGCUAUAAAAGGAGAAAGAAGGAAAAGGUAAACAAUUGACGCAGGCAGGAGAAAAAUGGCGCCAGUAUUACAGAGCUCUCAACCUUGGGUUGAAAAAUAUCGGCCAAAGCAAGUGAAAGAUGUGGCGCACCAAGAUGAAGUGGUUCGAGUUCUCACCAACACCCUCGAGACUGCUAAUUGCCCGCAUAUGCUCUUCUAUGGCCCUCCCGGCACCGGCAAAACCACAACCGCACUUGCCAUCGCCCAUCAACUCUUUGGACCUGAACUCUACAAGUCUAGGGUGUUGGAGCUAAAUGCAAGUGAUGACCGUGGGAUCAAUGUUGUUCGUACUAAGAUCAAAGAUUUUGCUGCUGUUGCUGUAGGGUCUGGUCAGCGUCAGGGGGGUUAUCCUUGUCCACCAUUCAAGAUCAUUAUUCUUGAUGAAGCAGAUUCAAUGACAGAAGAUGCUCAGAAUGCUUUGAGACGUACCAUGGAAACUUACUCAAAAGUUACACGAUUCUUUUUCAUAUGUAACUACAUAAGCAGGAUUAUAGAGCCACUUGCUUCAAGAUGUGCAAAGUUCAGGUUCAAGCCACUUUCAGAAGAAAUCAUGAGCAGUCGUAUAUUGCACAUUUGUGAUCAAGAAGGCCUCAAUUUAGAUUCAGAGGCUCUUUCAACAUUAAGUUCCAUUUCACAAGGUGAUCUUCGUCGGGCUAUUACAUACUUGCAGGGAGCUGCGCGCUUGUUUGGAUCGUCAAUUUGUUCCAAGGACCUAAUUAGUGUGUCUGGGGUUAUCCCUCAAGAAGUUGUUGAUGCACUUUAUGCCGCAUGCAAAAGCGGUAACUUUGAUUUGGCAAACAAGGAAGUCAAUACUGUGAUUGCAGAAGGGUAUCCAGUUUCUCAGAUGCUUUCUCAGUUAUUUGAUGUGGUUGUUGAGGCAGAUGAUAUACCAGAUGAACAGAAAGCUAGAAUUUGCAAGUGUUUGGCUGAAGCAGAUAAGCGUCUAGUUGAUGGUGCAGACGAGUACUUGCAGCUGCUGGAUGUGGCCAGCAACUCAAUGCGAGCUUUGUGUAACAUGCCACAGGAAUUCUCUUUUGAAAGUUAGCGGGACAGCCUAGAUUGGGAUGCAGGGACUUUUCAAGACAAGGAGAGAUUCAACUUUUUAGAGAUUCAACUUUUUGAAUUGUAAAGUUUUGCAUAUUGCAACAAAACGGCUUUUCAAACAUUGUAUUAUGCCUGUUAUUCACCGAAGAUGGGUGGCCCACCCUUUUGAA